AUGUCGCACCCACUAUCAUCUGCGACGAUGACUUCGCCACUCAUGAUGCAGAUUAGCGAAGGCGAGGAUCUGAUCAACCCAUCAAAGAGCGCGGCCCAUCAGAGUGACAGAAUACAUCUUCAUGGUCGCCACCCGCAUCAUCCUCAUAGGCAAGAUGUCGCGACCAGACCGCCGCGCGGCCCUGCCAACCCCGGCGGUGGUGAUGACAUUGCCAACAUGAUGGUCUCGUAUAGGAGACGACAAGCGCGAGGCGAUCCGGAGGACGCUUCACACGCACGCGGCGAAGGGCGGGAGGGAAGUGGUGGACCCCGUCGAGGUGGCAGAAUCCGCGAGCGAGAGCGCGAAGCAGCGGAAGCUCGUAGGGAACGAAAUGUGAUUCUCGGCGCCGCUACCACCGAGGACCAGGUCAGGUUCAUGUCACGCGCGUCGGAGAAUCCAACUGGACGGUCGUCCGGCAAUCGCCUGUUUGAUCCCGAACAUGAUGCCAUUCCUCGCGCCCCAGCGGCCGAUGACCAUCGUCGGCAAGAGCGCAGAGACAGAGAGCGCCCACUCGCUGACGAGAGAAGGCGCCAGCAUGAAGCUCGAGCCCAAAAUACCGAAACUUCCAGCGCUCGCCAUCCUCCAGGGCAAAGUAGCGCCCCACAGAGACACCAUGAACAUCGGCAUCAGGAGCAUGCGGGCUCUGCAUCGAGAUCAAGAGGCAGACGAGAUGACGACUUCGGUCAUCGUCAUCGCCACGAGUCUCGACGCGACGACGCGAGCCAGACUGACAGCAAUCGCGGACCUCAGGUGGGGGGUACGAGAGGCGGAGCAGGUCAGCUCUUUGACCCACGUAGAGACGACCCGGUUAAGUUUGCCGCGGCCAGCAAACGUCCACCAGCUGCGUCAUCUGGCCCUAGCAUUUUGAGCGCCAGUCAGGCGGCUGCCGGUGCUCCUGGUCAAAGCGAGGCCAGCGCGACGUCUGUCUCGGAUGCGAAGAGCUUGAGCAGCGCACCUCCGAGCACCAAUGCUCCAUCCGUCACUUCAUCACAAGCUUCGCGAGAGCGUCGCAGACGACGCGGCGCAGCGCCAUCCGAGAAUUCAGAGGCAGACGAAGGUCAAGCCGGCGCCAGGCAAAGCAGCCACACGCAAACCAACAAGUACGUAUCCGAUGCCAAAUCAUUGCUGAAAGAGAUAUCGACGCUAGAGAGUCAGCUCAAAGAUGAGCAUGCAGCAGCCAGACAAGCCGAUGAGGGCAGAGCGCGCGGGUCUGCCCCAAGAGGCCGACUGCACGACGGCAGCGUCGAUCAUGAUUUCUGGUUGAAGCUGGCUGCUGAGCACAAAAGGCUGGCGGAGCAGCAUGCGGCAUUCAUGGACAAGACACUUCGACCAGGCUUGCCAGCUUCUUUACAGAACAUGCCACUUUCCUGUCGGAUCCCAAAGAGACUCUGGGAGACGGGCGUUCAGCCUAUGCUGGAGCGUCUGCUACACGCUCUGCCCAUCAGUUCGACAUCAGCUACCUCAGCGGAUGUAAGCGAGUCCACACAGGCCGUGCAAGUGGCGCUUCUGGAGCACCUCACCGAGUUCGUCUAUUUUGCAUACUCUUUCUACACCCACCUUCUCGAGGUGGAGACGUUCAAGACGUUCCGAGCGAGCUGGCUCCAAAGCUUGGGAGAUCUCGCUCGGUAUCGGAUGGCUGUCGCUGGCCUUUCCGCCAGGCAUGGUGCAACUUCUGGUAAUAUUAGGAACAAGGCUGGCCGAAGUACGGUGCAGCGUGCCGAAGGGACCGAAGAGGACUCCGCGAAUGCUCGACAGCCUGCGGAUGAAGCGAGCGUCGGCAGCGCUGCCCUCGGGGACUGGGAGUUGGAGGAGGAAGACACAUGGCGCGCUACUGCGCGUGAUUGGUACGCGAAAGGACUUGCUGAGACUCCGGGUCAGGGCCGACUUCAUCAUUUCCUGGGCGUUCUCAGCCAAGGCGACGACUUGCGGGUGCUUCAUCAUUUCUUCAAAAGCUUGUCCUCCUCGCACCCGCACCUAGCGUCUCGAGAAAGCCUUCUGCCACUCUUCGACCGCGUCCAUCAGCAGCGUCGGGUUCAACCUGACGCAUCUCCGAUCAGCCUGUUCAUCCACCUGCACGGUAUCCUGUUCACACGAGUACAAUUGGACGAUUUUGACGACGUCUUCGAUCGGUUCCGAGAAGCUCUGCACGCCCAGGCGCUGGACGGGGUGCGUGCGCUUCGAAACACGGAGCCGACACCUCAUGAGAUUCCAAAUUAUGCCUGGAUGAUGAUGGGCACGAUCAAUCUCGCUGCGCUGCUUCAGUACGGUGCCGAGGACGCGCUGUUAGCCCCUAAUGAUUCUCAGUCUGCCAACCAAAAGGCAGAACAAAGAGAGAUCCUGGGCAAUGUCGCAACAGGACCAGCAGCUUCGCAGGAAGCUUCAGGCAGCUCACCUGGGUUGCACACGCUUCGUCUUCCUCAAGCUGCGUCAGUGCAUGACGCUGAAGAUCGAGAUGUGCCGGUCACGCUACGUCAUGCUAUUCGACUUGCCUUCACUGUGCUCGACAUUGUUGCCGCUUGCUCCAUCGCGGAUCGAGCGCCCGGCCAGAUCGUGCCGCCAAAUCCCUACUUGUCGAUCAUGCUUACCUUUCUGACUACCGCCAUCAAGCAACCCGAGACUCUUGGCAUCAUCGAGCGACACAUACCUUGGGAUCAACUGGUGCUUCUCUCCAAGAGCGCCACACCCAACAUCGACCCUCGUCGCGACAUUGCCAGCAAAGUGGCCGGCGAUGCUCCUCUUCCCGAGGACUGGUGCUUGCGUGGAAUGUCGUGGGUAGGACGAAGGGUAUACGAACGAGGUUUUUGGAAGUCGCAGGGGGCUCACUCCGCCCUUGUCUUUGAGUCUGAAGUCGAUGUACUUGCUUGCAAUUCAGCUCGCAAUUCACUUGGAGCGCAAGAAGAAGCGAUACUUGGUCUGGAUGAAGGCCCUGAUGACGAAGAUGCACCAGCCCGUAGGAAUGAGCACCCAGGUGCUAGUGGUCGAAAGUUGGGUUUGCGAGCGCUACGAUGGCGUAGAAUCUCUUGGACGCUCACUGUGCUGGCCAAGACGGUUCCUGGCCUUGAUUACGAACCAGCUUUGGACGGAGGUCGUGGCGGCAUCGUCAUCGUUGAUCCUCUUCGCACAAAGCAGCAGAGAUGGCGCACUGAAGAUGCUGAGGCCCAAAUCCAGACACAAACCGCUCGUCUAGGCCUUGGCGAGGUCGAACCCUUGGAAGCGGAAGAAGGCGACGAAGUCGAUGAUGACAGCCCAGCCAGCGAGCUCGAGGAAGAUGUUGACCAAGCUACAGACUCGGCUGAGAUCAUCCAACUCAAGGCUCGGAGACGCAAGCUCAAGGCCAUCCUUCGAGCAGCGCAAGACAACGCCCGAACCCGCGCUCCGGCGCCAGCUCUGAGCAAACCUGACAGACGUGCAGACAACAAGAAGCCAGCCGCAGCUGGCAAGAGUCAGAUGCCUGGGGCGGCACUUUUACCCGGCUAUUCGAUCCUCGUGCUGGACACCAACAUUGCUCUGACACAAGGAGACGUCCUUGAGCAGCUCAUCGACUCGAUGCAGUGGACGCUCAUCAUCCCGCUCGCGGUCAUCACCGAGCUCGACGGCAUCAAGAAGAAUCAGAACGCAGUCGGUCAAGAAGCGACACGGGCUCUAAGCCUGAUCGAGGCAAGACUUCGUACGCACGCGAAAUUCGUCAAAGUGCAAACGAGCAGGGGCAACUACUUGCCAGACCUUCGCUUCCGCAACGAAGAUAUCGACUUUUCCGGUAUCGGCAAGCGAACCGACGAUGACAGGGACGAUGGGACGUUUGCGCGCAGUCUCGACGAGAUCAUACUUCGAGCCGUCGCGUGGCAGGAUGCGCAUUUUGUCGAUCGUCGAACUUUGCUGGGUAGUUCCGAGCCCACGAAAGCCGUGGCGCAAGGGACUGCCAAGGUUGCGCUCGUCACGUUUGACCGCAAUCUUCGGCUCAAGGCGCGGAUUCGAGGGUCGCAUUCGAUCGGUCGGGCCGAGCUGCUAGCCAUUCUGGCUCCCGAAAAGGGCUAG